ACUACACAAACACACACGCAACAAUAGCACCCAUCCGUGCGACCGUAACGUGCUAGUGCAAUAACCAAUCGGUAACAUCAAUCGCUUGCCAUCAUGGGUGCAAAAUCGGGCUUGGCCCUCAAAGUACUCCAGUGGUUCAACCGUGGCGUGGAGUUUUGCUGCUGCGCUGUUGUCCUCGCUCUGUAUUCGUACUUUCUUGCCACUCUCACCAACCGCAACACAAACAUACCAACAUGGACUCGUGCCGUUGAAGGUAUUUCCGGCAUUGGUGUGCUGUACACCCUUCUCGGCCUCUUACUAUUGUGUUGCCUUGCCGGCCACCCCUUCACCUCCUUCAUUGCCAUCAUUCUAGAUGUCGCCUUUGCUGGAGCCUUCAUCUAUGUUGCGAUCCAAAAUCGCGCUGGGGCCAGCAGCUGCACUGGCACCGUUGAUACUCCCUUUGGUACUGGUCAGGCCACCGAUAUGAUCGACAAUAAGAACCCGACCUAUCGACAAGUCUGCCAAAUGGAAACUGCCUGCCUUGCCGUUUCUGUUGUCGCAAUUCUCUUCUUCAUCUUUUCUGCCAUCCUCGAGGUGGUACUGGUCCGCCACCGACGUAAGGAACAACGCUUUGGCCCUAGCCCGGCCAACGACUACACGUCUGGCUAUGGAAAGCGUAGGGGUAUCUUCGGACUCUUCCGCCGACGCAAGGCAACUGACACCGCCGAAAACCCGAACGUUCUCCCAGAGCAUACGCAUCCGGACCAAAUGCGUUCAAGCUACAACACCGAGGCCACGGCCGUGGGCCACGAGCCUACGACGUACAACAAGUACCAACACGAAGGUCAGCCUGCGUUCCCCGAGAGUGGUACUGCCGUUCCACAUACCCAGCCGGCUGGUUAUCGUUACUAGGGGAAUUAUCGAAUGGUGAUGGUCGUGUGGUGAAGGGUGGAUUGGCAUAAUCAUGAACACAGGGUCAAUAGUACUCUACAUGUCGAGAAAAUGUAUGACUUGGAAGUGGGAUACCAUGCACGACUCUGGCAUAUGGACUAUCGCCACUCGUUGCGUCAGGAUCGGGGAUGAGAAUGCUUAUUUACGAUCAGGAGAUUGCUACGUACCUAAUUAGUUAAUGUGGUUGGGGGUUUCGGUGUAAUGUCGUUACGUAGGUAUGUAACUAUUGUGGUUAACAUUGCAAGCUGCCAUGACAAAGUAGUACAUAGUUGCAGGUUGUGAAAUAUAAUGCAAUCAGACAUGAAAUUAUUAUCCUAUCAGCAUCA